CAACAAGGAGAACGAUAGGAAUCCAAACUAUUACACGUCGUUGAUAAAAUACAUUAAAAAAAUUACUGUAAAAUUAUAAAUGAUUUAAUUUUGUUAUUUGUGUAGUACAUAUGCUGUAGGAGAUCGUUUAUAACUUUUAUUUUACUUUAAAGUUACUUCCGAUUCCGGGGCUGUCUGCUUACGUGAAGUAUUGUUUUGAUACAUUUGUUGUCUGUCACAGAUGCAUUUUAGGACUGUUGAAAAUAAUUAGACUACAAAGCUGCCAGUUGCUCAAGCAUUAAUCGAAAAUGGUUUUAGCAGACCUAGGACGUAAAAUUACGUCCGCAUUGCGGUCAUUAAGCAAUGCGACCGUUAUUAAUGAAGAGGUGCUGAAUGCUAUGCUGAAGGAGAUAUGCGCGGCACUGCUGGAAGCUGACGUGAACAUCCGCCUGGUGAAGCAGCUACGUGAGAAUGUGCGCACGGUCAUCGACUUUGAGGAGAUGGCCGGUGGCCUGAACAAACGGCGCAUGAUCCAGAGUGCCGUGUUCAAGGAGCUUGUCAAGCUGGUGGACCCGGGACAGAAGCCCUACCUGCCCGUGAAGGGCAAGCCGAACAUCAUCAUGUUCGUGGGGCUGCAAGGCUCGGGCAAGACCACCACCUGCACCAAGCUGGCCUACCACUACGUCAAGAAGAACUGGAAGGCGUGCCUCGUGUGCGCGGACACGUUCCGCGCGGGUGCCUACGACCAGCUCAAGCAGAACGCGACCAAGGCGCGCAUACCCUUCUACGGCAGCUACACGGAGGUGGACCCUGUGGUGAUCGCGCAAGACGGAGUCGACAUGUUCAAGAAGGAAGGCUUCGAGAUCAUCAUCGUGGACACGAGCGGUCGUCACAAGCAGGAGGAGUCGCUCUUCGAGGAGAUGUUGCAAGUCUCCAAUGCCAUCAGGCCUGACAACAUCAUUUUCGUGAUGGACGCGACCAUCGGGCAGGCGUGCGAGGCGCAGGCGCGGGCCUUCAAGGAGAAGGUGGACGUGGGCUCGGUGAUAGUCACCAAGCUGGACGGCCAUGCCAAGGGAGGCGGGGCCCUCAGCGCAGUGGCGGCGACCAAGAGCCCCAUCAUCUUCAUCGGCACGGGCGAGCACAUAGACGACUUCGAGCCGUUCAAGACGAAGCCGUUCGUGAGCAAGCUGCUGGGCAUGGGCGACAUCGAGGGCCUGAUCGACAAGGUGAACGAGCUGAAGCUGGACGACAACGAGGAGCUCAUCGAGAAGAUCAAGCACGGCCAGUUCACGCUGCGGGACAUGUACGAGCAGUUCCAGAACAUCAUGAAGAUGGGACCCUUCUCCCAGAUCAUGGGGAUGAUCCCGGGCUUCAGCCAGGACUUCCUGUCGAAGGGCAGCGAGCAGGAGUCCAUGACACGCCUUAAGAAGCUCAUGACUAUCAUGGACAGCAUGAACGAUGAAGAGCUGGACAACCAGGAAGGGGCCAAGGUGUUCUCGAAGCAGGGCGGGCGGGUGGUGCGGGUGGCGCAGGGCGCCGGCGUCACAGAGAAGGAGGUGAAGGACCUCAUCUCGCAGUACACCAAGUUCGCGGCGGUGGUGAAGAAGAUGGGCGGCAUCAAGGGCCUGUUCAAGGGCGGUGACAUGGCCAAGAACGUGAACCAGGCGCAGAUGGCCAAGCUCAACCAGCAGAUGGCCAAGAUGAUGGACCCCCGCGUCCUGCACCAGAUGGGGGGCAUGUCGGGCCUGCAGAACAUGAUGCGGCAGCUGCAGCAGGGCGCGUCUGGCGGCCUGGGCAACCUCAUGGGCAUGGGCGGCAAGUCCUGAGGCCGGGCGUGCUAGGCGGCGGCCGCCGCCACCCGCGCCAGCACUUCCCUCCCGGCCCCGGGCCCCCUUCUCUCCGUUGUUUCUGUGCUGCUCCCUUUGUUCCGCACCUCUGUCUGCGUCAUUCGUGACUGAUCAAAAUUAAUACCGGCGUGUGUGCAGCCCGGACCGACUAGUCUAGUGAAAGUUGAGGUGCACUCGAUUUUUUAAAUUGUGAAGUGGUGGUGUACUCGAUGAUGUCGUAUAUCUCUGUCAUCUUGGAAUAAUGGUCCUGGCGAAUUUUUGUGCGAGACUUUUUUACGAUAACCGAAAAGCGAAGGAAACUAGCCCGAUGGAGCGGCUGUAUGUAUGUUGGUGGGAAAUCGUAGUGAACUUUGACAUGAAUUUUUUUUACUUGCUAAGGUGCUAAGUGAAACCACCUGUAGGUACACCAGUAAUUUUGUGUUCUGUAUGUCAGCGCUGGUGCGUUGAAUGUUCCUCUGGUUUCUGUGGCGGGCGACAAGAGGAAACUUCAAUGCGGGAGUCGUGACUGCAGGGCAGUGCAGUCCCAACAGAGUUUUGGAGGCACUUUAAGCUGUACUUGUGAUAUGCACAUUUCACACUCACGACGAAUGCAUUCCACAAACAUACAGGUAUUAGUAACUUCCCCUAAAUUUAUCCACGUCUCAUCUUGUACAGUUUUGUUUUUAUUUCCUUGCCGAUUUUAAAGUGGCAUUUGGAUGCUUUGUUUACAUUUUUGCAUGAUUUAAAUUUAUGUAAAACAUUUUGGUUUACGUCCAGUUGCUCAUAAAAAACCUGGAAUCCAAAAGACAGUACAAUAAAAAUUUUAAAGCUCUAUAUCCUUGUUUUUGUGCAGCUGUUCUUUUUUUUUUUAUUAUGAUACCACUUGAGAAAUUCUUUGAUUGUGCUUGCAUAAAAUGCAUGUGCAAAGUUCAGAAUUACCUCUAUUUAGCUUCCAGUUUCUUUAUAUGUUUUCUGAAGGCCUUAAGAACAUUUCAGCUAAGCACUGUGUUCUUUCACUUCAAGUAAACAUUGUAUGUGACUGCUGUGAGGUGACUGAAAUAUUACACUUAACACAUUUUGAAGAUCAAAUGUGGUUAGUGAGGAUGCAGUUUGUACUGUGCAAUAAUAAAAAUUAAGUUGUAAAGAAAAAAAAAUUUUUUUUAUAGGUUUCGAUUCUUUAUAAAAUUGUUUAAUCAGCAUCAUAAAUGUGUUACAUUUUUAAAGUUUAUUUUAUAAAAUAAAAAAUUAAAAUGUUAAGUAAUUGGUUUUCUUACAACUCAGUAGAAAUAAUGUAUUGCUUUACAUGUUUUCCUAAAAGUGUCGACCUAUAAUUUGGCCUGUUUAUAUUAAUUAAAUGAGGCAUAUAAUUCACAUAUUAAUAAUAUGAAGAACUUAUCUGAGGAUAUAUUUGACUCCCCCAUAUUUUUAUUUAUUCUAUAAACUUUUAAAACACAACAAUUUUAAGACAUUUAUCCUUGCUGAAUAUGCAUAAAAAAUUGUACAUGUUUUAGUUAAUUUAUGAUAUUACUUACAACAAAAUUUUGUUUUGGGCUGUGGUAUCAGUAUCAAAGAAUUCGGAACAUUUAUUUUCGAAUUUGAUUAGGAACUCUUUCGGGUCAAGUAAAUAUUUGAGUACUUAAGAAAUGCAAGAUUAUAAAAAUAUAUUGCACUACAUAGUUGGAAUAUAGUUUUCCUCUCUAAGGAAAAACAGUAAAUUUCAAGUAUUAAUAUCGAUCUGUACAUUAAAACCAUUGUAUAUCCAUCCUGUUGUGUCAGACGACCUUGAAUGUCUUUGGAAUUUGAGAUACUUUAAGGGACGCCUGAAAUUGGAAGGGGAUCGCUUAAUAUGAGGCAACUUUGCUUUUAAUAUGACCUUAAGUAAGGAUAUUUUAAACACAAGUCAACUCGGAAUUCAAAAUAACUUCAAAAUUGCAGCGACCUCACACGUCUGACAACACAACUAAUUCAGUAGCUUUUUCGACUGAUACUCGUGUCGAUCCGAGGGAUGGCCCAGUCAUGCCUGACGAGAAAUAACUAUUUAACAGACUGUCCCAAGGUCCAGGUGGUUACCAUACUUGAAGUGCAGUGGUUGUCAAAAUAUUCACUUCUGUGUCAUAUAUUUUAACAAUUAAAAAAUAUUGCUUUUGGAAGAAGAAAAAUGUUUCAUUGACAAUAAAAAUGUGAUUAAGUUUGUAUUUUUAUGUACUUUUUUUUUAAAAUUGUUUAUAAGGUACCAAGUAGAAAAUAUUGUUUAUUUAAGUUAAAUUACAUUAUGUUGUUUAUAUUACAAAAGAACAUGGUGAAAGGUCUUAACACGACCGUGCCAGAUUGACAAUUCUCCAGGAUUCUUGAUGGUCGGUAGAGUUUUAACGGGAACGUCCGUUGUGAAAACUGACACUAACUUAAAUUCUGAGGGAACUAAAAAUUCCGGCAGUGCAGAAAAGCAACCUAGCAGCUAAGGUCAGUUACUGGAAUCCACCCAAAAAUAUCUGCUCGCGAGCGACUCAAUGAAACGCAGUGUGUGCCCACCAUAGAAUGUGGGAUUAAAGACGGUUCACUGAAGUUGUCAUUAUUCUGGAAACAAAUUUAAUUAAAAAGAGAAUCUCGAUAAAAAGUUUUGUUUAGGUUUAGUUUUAUUUUUUUUAUCGAUUGAAGAUUAUCACUAUCACACAACUAUAAAUAUUUAACUGCAAAAUUAUUACACUUAUGAUUUCUUAGUGAAGAACUUUUGGUGUACCAUUGAUAUUUAAUUAGUAAUUUAUAAAAUUCUUUCACAUGUUCGUUCUUCUUGAUGCACAAUUCUUGACAUAACUCGAUGUCAUACGCUAGGGCUACAGAUCUUAAUCCUCCACUCUUGCCUCCUGCUUGUAUUCCCGAGAAGUCUUGAUGACUGGGUUUCACUCCAAAGACAUCAGAAUAAACUACCUCCAAAUGUACUGACCAAUUCACAAUACAUUGUAUUUUUUUAAUGCAUGUAUUGCCACAAUAUCGGAAUUGCCACAAUAUCGGGUUAGAUUAAAUGACCUACCAGGUUUGAAACUAAUGGGACUUUUUUUUUUAAUUUGAAAAAAGCCAAUUGAGGUUGAGUUGUUCAUUGCAUUAUUUGUAUGCCUUUGUUAUAUGCUCAUUAAUAAAUCCUUGAUGGAUAAUUUAAAUGAUGAAGCCACACAACUGUUCGUGUUGUAAAUUUUCUAUGUCAAUUUUCAAAGUAUUAUUGUGAUUUAGAAGUGGAACAACCAAUACAAUUUCGGUUUCUGACAAGUGUGUAACUAUCACAAGUAACCAAGUUAAGUUUGUUCGUAACCAAGUUCUGUUAGAUACAACCAGUUUGUGUCCGAUUGCUUCUGAGUGUGUAGUGUAAGCCCAACCAGGUAAGUGCACUAGCUUGAGAUAACUGUCAAACUGCUCAUGAUUGUGUUUGCAUCAGAGAUAACUUUAACUUGUAUUCUGUUUUGCAAUGAGGGUGACGCGGAUAUCUGACAUUUGUUGGAGGUUAUAUGUAUAAUUUAUUUUUUUUAAAGGUUUUUUUUCCCCCUUAAUUGUAUUGCCUAUUUUUGUUUUAUCUUUUCUCUUAUCUGUGUUCUGAGCUGACUGAUGCUCGUUCAGUGCAACUUCGAACAGUGAUAAUCAUGUACAACUUGAAGUGAUUUUUUUAGUUGUAAGCAAUUGUACAUAAAUUAUAUCAUGUACAGCUGUUGUAUACAUCUUUUAUAAGUUGUGAUCAAUAUGGAAUUUGUAUCAUUGUGGAAAUAAAGAUUGUUUUUUA